AUGACCAGCACCCCAGGAGACGCAAAUGACACCCAAAGUCCGAGCCACCGGCAGUGCCUCCUGCCCUCUGUGGCUCCCACUCCCUCUGUCACUGAGGUCACCCCAGCCAAGAAGAUAACCUUCCUCAAGCGAGGGGAUCCCCAGUUUGCUGGCGUGCGCCUGGCCGUUCACCAGCGCACCUUCAAGACCUUCAGCGCCCUGAUGGAUGAGCUGUCUCGGCGUGUGCCCCUCUCCUUUGGGGUGCGCUCCGUCACGACACCCAGGGGCUUGCACAGCCUCAGUGCCCUGGAGCAGCUGCAAGAUGGGGGCUGCUACUUCUGCUCUGAUAAGAGGCUCUCUAAGACCCCCAGAGGACCCGAGCGGCCGCUGAGGAGAAACCCCUCCACUGUGCCAUCACGGGGCUUUGAAGGGGGGCGUGAGGAGCCAGGGACGGCCUCUUCCUGGAAGGCUCCCACAGCCCAGAGGAGGAUGACACUGUUGAAGAACGGGGACCCUACAUGCCAGCAAACAGUCGUUCUCAGCCACAGGAAUACCAGGAACCUGGCAGCCUUCCUCAGGAAAGCCUCGGAUCUUUUGCACUUUCCCGUGAAGCAGGCGUACACAACCAGUGGGAAAAAGGUAGACACUCUGCAGACUCUGUUGCAGGGCCCCUCGGUGCUGGUUUGCGCAGGGAACGAGGCCUUCAGACAUCCAGCAGUGGAAAAUAACCAAGGAAACAGGAUGGACGCAUUGUCUGGUGUGACUGCCCGGAGCAAAACUGGUCUUGGGGGACCAAGGGCCAGGCAGAGCGUGAUCCACUCAAGGUCCAGGACUGGUGGCAGGCUGCAGCUGUCUGAGAGGUCUGGUCUUGGUAAUUGCUUGGCAUCUGGGCAUCAUGACUGGGUGGGGCCUGCCACGGACAGUUGCCCUCAGGACACGCCUGCCGCGCCUGGCGCUUUGAUGGUUGGUGAUGAUGUGGAGAAGAAGGUGUGCAUGAACGAGGAUGGAAGCCUCUCUGUGGAGAUGAAAGUCCGCUUCCAGCUCUUGGGUGAGGAUGCGCUGAGAUGGUCCCAGAGGGCAGGGCACAACAGUGUCCUCACGGCGGCCAGUAGGGCGGGCCGGGUCUUGGAGGAGGCCCACCCCCUCUGCUACAGACAAGAGGGCCACCCAUGGGGCUUCUUGGAACCCAGGGCACAAGGACUGGGUCCCUGUGAGGUAGGAUGCCAGCGAGUAUUUGAUCGAGGCCAGCAGCAGCCAGGGUCCAGCUAUGACAUCUGGAGGAAUCCUUUGGCUACCUCCCAAGGAGAAAGGCCAGCUCCUCGAAGGAGGUGGGGACUGGCCCAGUUAGCCCACUGUAGGGGCCGCUGGAUCCAAGGGUUUGAUGUCAGGAAAAGGUAUGACAAGGACAGUAGCAACCCGGCCUCAAAUCCUGGGCACCCUGAAAAUAUCCAGGCAAGCUCCCACUGUCCCCAGUCCCCAGAAGGUGGGGUGGGCAGUGAUAGCCCAUGUCCAACCUCCUCUGCUGCUUCCCGGAGUGAGGCUGAGCUGGAAACUGGCAAGGGCCUAUGUCCAAAAGAGCCAGGGCCAGCCAGCAGAGCCACCAUUCCACACAUGAGUAACACAGACCAUGCUUCCGGCUCCAACCGCUCCACAGAGUCAGCGGGGGCCACUGAACACAGGGCACACUCCUCGGCUCCCACACUUGCCCACACAGAUGGCGCUGGUGGGUUGGGGGACAAGGCAGGAGGUAACCCCGAGUCUCCAUCAUCCUCUGCUUUGCUGGGAGGAUGUCCUGAGGCAGGAGAGCCAGGAGUCCACCAAGACGGCUGCCGUUCACAGCUCGCAGCAUCCUCUAUCCUUGGGACUCCUAGUGGUCAAACACAGGCCCCUUUCUCUGAGGCUUGCUGGGUUGGCAGCAGUUACUGCCCCACUCCCCCCGGGGAGCGACCCUGUGCCAAGAAGCACCCUUCAAGCAGCGGCAGCACGAGCAGUGGCCAACAAAGGGUUGAUGACAAUGCCAGGCCCAGGAGAGUUUUGCUGGGAAAGUCCCCUGGCGCCAGGGAAAGCUUUGAAGAACAGGAGGAAGAUGAUGGUGGCAUGACACCCUAUGCUCUGCCCUCCGCUUCCCCGGAUGCUGUGGUUCGUGAAUGGCUAGACAACAUCCCAGAAGAGCCAGUACUCAUGACAUAUGAGACGGCAGGUGAGACCACAGAGGUGGCCGGUGAUGAGACAAAAGUCUCAGAGGAGGACCCUCGGGAUGACGGUUCUCCAAAAGGCCCAGGGGAGUUGGCUGAAGCCAGACAGCAGCUUCUAGAAGGGGACACAGGUUUGCACCCAGAUCCAGCUGAAGUCCUCCCAGUGACUGGUGAUGCACUCCCCAAAUCAGGAGAUGGUCCCCAUCAGGAUGCAGAUCCAGGUGACGUGUCUCAGGACCCUGCAGAGGUUAAAGGGAGAGAAGGGACCUCCGUGGUUGGUGAUGUGAGCCCUCGUGUACUCCCCAACAAGGUUUCUGUCUCCACACAGAUCAUGAAGGCCCUGCUGGGCUCCAAGCAAGGCCGGCCCAGCAGCCUGCCAGAGGUCUCUGGUACAGUGGCCCAAAGGCUCAGCCACUCAACCAGGGCCCUCAUCACCUGCCUUGCCAGGCUUCACUUCUUUGAUGAGGAUCUUGGGCCGCUGGCUGGGAAAAUGAGGCUAGAAGAUUCUCCUCGGCACCAGGAGCUGCUAAGUAUCUCCCAAUCCCUGUGGCCAGGGAAUGGGCUUGGACAAGGCCGGCUGGACUUGGGCCUCGGGAGGCUCACUUCCCACCAGGCUUUGCUGGGGUCUGAGAACUUCACACCCACCUCCUCCUCUGGUGUAGAUGUGAGCAGUGGCUCUGGAGGAUCCGGUGAGGGCAGUGUGCCCUGUGCUGUGGACACCAUCCUGGUCCCCGAGAGGAUGGAGCCACCCUUGACCACCUCUUCCCAAAGGCCUACUUUCAAAACUCAGGGGCACCCAGAGGUGUCCAGUUGUUCCACAGAGUCAUCCAACUCUCAAGUGUGGGCUCUUGCACCAAGCAGAGAGGAAACAGAAAGAGGUGGCACAGAGCAGGAGCAGAUGCUGGACAAUGUUUUGGAACAUUCUGGAAUGAUGCAGGAGGAAGAGGAACAAUUAGAAGAGAGAGAAGAAAUAGGAAGAGAGAGGCCACAAGAAGAGGGUCUGGGAGAGGAGUCUUUUCCAGAAAAGGUUGAAGUCAGCAGCCGGGAACUGUUGGGAGCUGGUUCUCAGGAUGGGGAGGGCUCACCAGAGGACAAAGAAGUACUCAAAGAGGAAACAGAACCUUCAGAGCUGAGUCCCCCAGGUCAGGGAGAAGAACCUACCAAACCCCCUUACCAUCUCAGCGAGAGAGACUCAAAUGCUACCGGGUGUCAGAGUGGCCCCAGAUUGGCUCCUGGGUUGGAAGAACUGCCCAGAGCAGCUGGGAUGGGCUGUGAACAGACCCAAGCUGAGUCCAGCCCAAGAACCAGGGAGACUAGCACGUUCACGGUCCACAAGGUGUCUCUGGAUCCGGAUGCCAUCUGGGUGUCUAAGCUGCUGAGAAAGAUGGAGAAGGCCUUCAUGGCCCACCUGGCUAGCGCCACAGCUGAGCUGCGAGCCCGCUGGAGCCUGCAGAACAAUGGCUUGCUGGACCAAAUGGUAGUUGAGCUUGUGCAGGAUGUGGGCCUGAGGCUCCAGGCGAGCACUGACAAGGAGCUCCGAAAGAUCCAGAGCCGGGCAGGGAGGACAGUCCCGGGACCACCUCGAGAAGCCCUUCGGGGGCAGACAUCCCUGCAGACGGAGCAGCGCAGGCGCCGCCUCCAGGGCCUGCGCAACUUCUCUGCCUUCCCUGGCCUGGGGCCCCUCUCCCUCACUCUGGAGGAUGGGCCCGCUUACGGUGCAGCCUUGGGGACAAGGCCAGGUGGAGGGACCACUGGGGAUGAUUUUUGUCCCUGUGAUGUUUGUAUGAAGAAGAAAUUGGCCUCCACGUCCUCCAAGGACACCGCGGUGGCUACCAGUGCACCUAUCAGAAAGGCUUUUGACCUAAGGCAGAUUCUACAGAGCAAGAAAGCAGGGUGUGGGGCUGGAGUGGAGGCCGGGCUGAGCCCUGAGAAGACGGGGAUCCUGCUCCAGGGAGCUGGCAGGGCGCAAGAGCUCCAGCCGGCCCCACAAGCCGGUGAAGAAUUGGAGGAGACAGGCGGCCAGAGGUCCAGCAGAGCGGAAGACACUGGGUUCCAAGAGGCAGAGAGAGGUGGUUACCACGAGCCUGAGAAUGAGAAAGAGGGGAGAACCCACCCCUGCCUUGCCCAUGCCAUGCAAGACGCCUGGCAGCUAGAAGAGGGUGUGACGAAGACGGAAGGACCCUUGAGCCAGGGUUCUGGGGAUGGGGGUGCUUCAGAGUCUAUAGGACAAGAGGAUGGUAACAGCCGCUCUGUAGAGAGUCAGGAAGCUGCAGGAGAGGGACAGCCAGAGGCAGAAGGAGGAAUUCAGUGUGAGCAAGAAAAUGCCCCUCAGGUUAGUCUAGGAGAGAGACCAAGAGGGGACGUUUUGGCAAACAGCAGCCUGGAUCAAGAGGGACGGCUCCGCACGCCUCACCAAAGGCCAGGCUCCCAGGCCCAGGCAGCAGCGCGUGACUUCUCCAACGCUUCGUCCCUGAGCAACUGCUCACUGGUCUCUCAGAAGGGCUCAGAAAAAGACUGUCCAAGCAGAGACCUAAAGGACAUCGGGGUUAAAGAUAGCGGGGUCUUGCAUACAGAGAGAAAAGUCACCACAAUGUAUCCAGAAAGUUCCACUUCUGAGCAAGAAGGAACCUUCUCGGGCCCAAGGACUCCAGAGCAAGAGACAGGUGAAGGCUGUGAUGUGAGAGGCGAAAGAUUUGCUUGUGUCCAGACAAGGGUCAGGGCAGAUGGCUUUGAUCAGCAUGACUUAGAUUUCUAG